AUGUCGUCUAAAACAUCUUCUAAAGAAACGGAAAUUUUCCGGAGAGUCAACGAGGAGAAAGAAAACACGAACAGGAAAGAGGUGAAUAGUGAGGGUGGCAACAAGAGCGUUUACAGGAUAAAGAGUAGUUUAGGAACCCUGAAUCACCGCCGAAAGACAGCACUGCGGACAAAAUCAUCGAAUUCGAUACUAUCUUCUCGGUCAUUGCUUAGUACUGCUCGUACAAGACCGGAUCUUUUUUCCACCUACGAGAAGGCCAGCAGUUCAGAGACAACGAUAAAGGGCAACUAUAAUAAAGUACAGAGAGUGUCCAAGUCCAAGAAUACGUCGUUUGAAGAGAAAGAAAAUAUUUAUGUGAGGAGAUUGAAAGUUGUGAGGGAUUCUCCAGAGAUGGAGAGGAUUAUUCAUAGAAACGUGACCCAACUGGCGGAGGAGAAAGGCACGGAACAAAAGGAAUGUGAUGAUGAUGAUGAUGACGAUGACGAUGAUGAGAUUGAAAUUGUUCCGCAAAAACCACAGUCGAAUAUAGAUGAAAAUAUUGAUGGGUAUCAAGAGAUACCUGAGGAUAUAAUGAAAUAUGUGUUUUCACACGGUUCGGGAAUAGAAAAGAAGUCGUUAGAAGAAUUUAAGGAUCCUUUGGAAUUGGAUCUAUCGAAUUUGAAGGAAGACAGCAAUAACAAUGAUGACAUUGGUAAUAUAAGUGAAUUGGGACUGGAGGUGAAACUCGAGUUUCCAGAACUUGGAGAAGAGACAGAGGAAAAGAAAUUGGCCAAGAUUAGGGAAUAUUACGAGAAUAAUAGAGAGGCAUACAAACCAAAGAGGGUGUAA